ACAUACUUAAGGGGCUAAGUUCAAAGUUCCGCGCUGGCCUAGGGAUCGAAGUGGGUUUUAUGCUACCUGCUGCGGGUUACGUUCUCAAGAUUGUCUUGAUCGAAAGCUGUCGAUUUUGGCAAUUGUUUUUUUCUUGUGAUAAAUAUUCUUAAAUGACUCUAGAAGAAUCUCGUAACUUACAUCAGUCACUGCCAUCAGCAAGUUUUAGUGGUAGUUACCUGACCAAUACCAAUCAGAUUAACAGUUCAUAUCAUCAAAACAGUCAAAAUCCUACGAAUUAUCCUCCAUUAUUCCAUCCUGCAGCUGUAGCAGCUGUUGCCGCUGCAGCUGCAGCGGCUGGGUACACACAACAGUUCAAUCCAGGUGUUAUGAGUCGUCCACUCAACCUGACUGCUAAUCCCAAUGGUUCGAAUCCAUAUUUCUCUUCUGCAGACACAAGCAGAGCUUAUUAUGCCAGCUUUGCAUUACAACAGUCUGGAUUUUAUCCUGGAUCCCAUACUUUCAAUAAUUUGGGAGGCAUGAAUAUUCCUCAGGAUUUUUCAUUUCCGAAUCCCACUACCUCCAUUCAUUUAUCCAGCACUGGAGUAGAAUUUCCUUCAUGUUUAUCAACUAGUACAGCGGAGUCUGAAAAUGGUUCAAAGUUACAACGAGUUGCUGCCUCAACUAGGAAUUCCAAAACUUCUACUAGUAGUAUAAAAACACAUACAAAAUCGUCAGGCGUCCGUGGCAGGAAAUCGAUUUCGUCUGAUGAGAUGGCAAAUCGCAAACGCCAGGAAUUUAAUGAACUUGUUAAAGCCCGCACUGAGAAGCUUAUGUCCGAUGGUCCCAUCGCAAAUUCUUCAACAAAUUCUGGUCCUUUAUCAUCUUCAAGUUCAGCUGGUUCUAUAGGACCAGAAUCUGGAUCACCAAACUAUCGCAAAUUGAUUCAUGCUGUAUUAGAUGCUAAAAAGUCAGCUCUUCUUAGAUCUCCAUCUGUUAUCCAAUUCUUAGUUAGUCAACAGCGUUCACUAACUGAAUAUAAACGUCAAACAGAAUUAUUUUGUGUUACGAUGAACAGAUGA